GCAGCGGCGCCGGAGACGAAACCGAAGAAGAUCUGCUGCGCGUGCCCGAUCACGAAGAACGCGCGCGACGCGUGCAUCCCGGAGCACGACGAGGAGAAGUGCCGGUACCUGAUCGAAGCGCACUUGAAGUGCUUGCGGGACGAGGGGUUCAACGUGUGA